UCCAUUUCCCCUUCCUUUCCACUCCAUCGCCACCACUCAGAACUUUUUGUCACUCUCCCAUUCCACGUAUUGUGUCUUGUCGUCCUUGGUCUCUCUCUUGAAGCAAACAUCAGUACAGAAUGCAGUCUCGCGAGGCUUCCCAUGCUGGUUCAUGGUAUUCGGAUAGUAAACGCGCUCUAACCCGCCAACUCGAUGAAUGGCUGGCUCAGGUUCCCGAUGAGAUCGAAGGGAUUGGCUCUCUUCCGGUGCCUGGUGCAAGAAUCAUCAUUGCCCCGCACGCUGGUUAUGCUUAUUCCGGAUCAUGUGCCGCUUAUGCCUACAAGGCCCUGGAUUUAUCGAAAGCGAAACGGGUCUUCGUUCUCGGCCCCUCACACCACCACUACCUCUCGACCCUGGCCCUUCCAGAGCUCACAUCGUAUUAUACCCCGCUUUCCGAUGAGCCUUUGCCGUUGGAUACCGAGCUCAUCACUAAGCUCCUCUCCACCAAGGCGGUUAAACCCAGCGGCUCGACAAUGAGCUUCACCACCAUGACACGAUCCAUCGAUGAGGAUGAACACAGUAUCGAGCUCCACCUCCCCUACAUCCACCGCCUGUUGCAGCUCCAGCACCCCGACAAGCCCACCUCACAAUACCCUCCUCUAGUGCCGAUCAUGGUGGGAAGCACCUCCGAAUCCACGGAGGAAGCCUUCGGGGCCCUUCUCGCGCCGUAUCUAGAAGAUCCAGGCAAUGCGUUUGUCAUAAGCUCAGACUUCUGCCACUGGGGAUCACGCUUCCGUUACACAUUCUACGUCCCGCAGGCGCCCACCCCGGGGCCUAAACUCCCGCUUUCCGCUCACUCGCUCCCGCAGCCUGAGGAUGACACCAAGGAGCUAGAGGACAAGAUGGAGAUGGGCUCGGCGGGUCAGACCCUCCAGCGGCAGGACCGUAUUGGGAGUCGAGCGCCCGCCAUCCAUGAGAGUAUCUCCGCAUUCGACAUCGCCACCAUGGCCGCCAUCAGCACCGGUGCCACAGAGAAUUUUCUAGAAAUCAUCCGGCGGACAGGGAACACCGUAUGCGGCCGCCACCCCAUCGGCGUAGUCAUGGCGGCCAUCGAGGAGAUCACGAGUCGCCGCGAGGAAGUGAAACAAGGGAGGUUCCACUUCGUUAGAUAUGACAGAAGCUCCGACGCUGUCGACGUCCUCGACAGUUCUGUGAGCUACGUGUCUGCGUUUGCUGUUCUAUAGAGCCGGCCUCUAGAGGGGCCUUGGAGAUACUCCUGUUCCUUUACACUGAAUGUGAUCGAGUUCUCCUCUUUUGCCUUGCUAGGCGUGGUAAGACUUACAACAUCCUCCGCCAUCAACCAUAGGGUGUGUGCUCUAUCCUCAUUCGGACAUAUCUGCAUGUAAAGGUCUGCCUCUGGGCUUCCUCCCAGACUCAGCGGUCACACUCAAACGUUGCCAUCCAUAACCAAGUAGAACCCUUGUUUUCCCCAGCAUCCCAGAAAAGGAAGAAGAAGAAGAAGAACCACUCCUUUUGUCUUGGCCCUCAAACAGGCAGAUACCUACGGAAUUCCACUUAAUGAUGCAACGUGAGACUCCCACAACCACACCGCCCACACCAAGCUAGGCAAUCUUCGAGAUUGUAGGAGAACCCCAACACCCAAUCAAU